AAUUUCGAUUUGUUUAUGAAUGGUUCGACAGUUCGUUUCUUUGAAAUACGAACUUGAUUUUGCCCGUUCGCGCUCUAAACAAAAAACCUUCUCACAUGCCUACAUUCAGGCGUAAAUGGCUUAAUUUCGCGCCACACUGCACAGUGGGAGCGAAAUGUUGCCGGCGCCUCAAUGUAGGCAAUUUGUUCGACGCACGAUCAAGCAUUGUUUUGAAGCGGCAAACAGGAAUGUACAGGAAUGAUAAUCGCUCGCUUAAAACGGUGUCGUGCAGGUGCUCGUACGAUCGCAAGGAGCUCAUUCGAUCGAUUUCCCUUCAACAAGCAACACCGAAAGUGGCAAGGACGAUAGAAGAAAUGUUCUCCCGACUCGAGAGCUGGUUAGCUAAGCAGCGGGCAAAGUGCAAUAACUUCUCGUGGAGCCAUUGUGCACGACCGGACAGGGCAGCGUCUGCUGAGUUUUCGUUCACCGGAUACCGAAAUUGGACACCCGAAGCACGUCACAACAGCUUACCCAGGCGCCAAUUUACAAAUUUCUUGUCGGAACGAAAUAUAAGCGAAGAAGGGGAACAAACAAUGUUGAAAAAAUUGCUCAAAGAACAUGGCCUGUACAACAAACACCAGACAAUUCAUCAGCGUCGUCGAUUGAAAUAUCUGCUUGAGCUGGAACAGCGUACACUAUCACCUCACGACGAUACUGCGCUCAUGUCCGGCAGCCUAAUAGCUUCGGCCAACAAUAACCGGACCUGCCCGAUUGAGGUUCAUUCGAUGCCAUUUCAUUGUCCCCGACUGGUAACAGGUGAUGCGACGUGCUGUGCCACCUCAACCGCCGGUUCACCGAAAAAGGUCCGCCGAGUUGCUUCCUUACCGUCUCUCGCGUCAACGAAGGAUAGCAAUCCUCGGCCGGAAAAUCCAGUCAACGCUUCACAUCCAACCAUCGCACGGGAAGCGCAGGAACGAGAUAAGUCCAAAUGCCUGAAGACUAUUUCAUGGAAAAAUUCAGCAUCCAGCGACACUCCAUCCACCAUCGAGACGGCUGUAUAGCG